AUGAAUAUACAACGAAUAUCUCCACCUUCCGAAAUAAUUGAUUUAACAAGUUCAGAUGAAGCUACACCAUCUUCGGUGGAACACAAUCACCACGGCAAAACUAAUGAAAAUUAUGACAAUGAUGUAAUUUUGGUAUCAUCAACAUUGCCAGCCAAUCGUAAAUUUUCAAAAAGAAAAUCAUAUUGGAAAUGCGAGCGAUCCGUUUAUACAACUCUUAUGUGUCCGAUCUGUUUGGAAUCGUGUAUACGUCAGAAACCUACUUCAACACGAUGUGGUCAUAUAUUUUGUGAGCGGUGUAUUAAGGAGCAAUUACGCCUCGAUUGCAAAUGUCCCGUGUGUCGAAAGGAAAUUAAAAUCUCAACAGAUUUAUUUCGUAUUCAUGUUUAA